AUGCCGAACGGCUUUUUGAAGAAUACGGCUAUCGCCGUUGUCUGGCCCAUCGACGAGUUCACCGAGGCAGGCUGGACUAAGCAGAAAGUCGAGUCAUGGAUCACUAAGGCCGGUGGUCGCAUGCUUAGCAAAUUCACCAACAAGACCACUCACGUCGUAUGCGACGAGAAGCGAUGGAAGAUGCGUGGCGAAGUCGUUCGAGAAGCCAUCAAAGCUCGCGAAGCCAAUCAGCGACUGCGCAUCGUGAGCUCAGAGUGGCUUGAGAAAACGUUGCGGGACUCAAAGCGCGAGAAGGAGCAAUUCUACAGCUGGGAGAAGAAAGAUCGUGAUGCGAGGGAGGUUCAGAAGAAGGUUGAUCAGGAGAUGAAGAAGAAGGAGGGCGGUGGUGGCAGCGUCAGCAAUCCACAGGCGCACAUCCUGGCUGACGUCUUCAUGGAGCACACCGAACAAUACCUCGAUCCGAAGGAGAAAAGCAAGAUUGAGGCAAUGGCAACGAAGGAUAGAGAGGCGAUACGAAAGAAGUUAGAGGAGGAGGUGCGGACGAAGCAGGAGAAGGAACAUGACGAGAAGCGCAGGAAGACUGAGGAGGAGAAGGCUCUGAUGAAGAGGGGCUCGAAGAAGGCCAAGAACGUGCUGUUCUCUGACAAUCAUCACAUACUCAAAGACUGCACGGGUUUUUCGUACGAGGUCGUACUGACCAAGGUUGACUUCAAGCUCAACCGCAACGAGCGGUGCACGCUGACGAUCUACGAGUCGAACACGCAGCCCGAAACCUACGCUACCAACCUCCACCACGCCGGUACGUUCAGAGUCCCUUCAAUCAACAUCAUCGCCGCAAUCGGCUGCAACUACCAUACCGCCCUCCACGCCUUCAAGAAGAUCUUCCAUGAGAAAACCGGCGUAGAAUGGGACCACCGCAUCGAGUUUGCAGACUUCAAGUUGAAGCAGGAUAAGCGUAACCGUGGACAAAGCACGGGCUCGCCGGCACUGACAGAGCCGACCAACGACCCAGACUUCAACAAGCGGACUUUCUUCUAUCAGCCGCCGGCAUAUGGGACGAAGGGC